AAUGUUAAUGUAUUUGUUUUGAAUGUUAAUGUAUUUGUUUUGAAUGUUAAUGUAUUUGUUUUGAAUGUUACUGUAUUUGUUUUUUCAAAGGUCUGGUUUAGGUAUCUAUCUGUUUAAAUACUACAAAAUAUCAAUUGAUAUCUCUACCAGUAGUUAAAAAGAUAGGCUGGUUUGCGAAAUUUCACACGAAAUUAAAGUUGCAGAGGCGUUUUAAAAUCGCAAAUAAAAAAGAAAACCCACAAAUGUAAUGCAAAUAAAAGGAACAAUAAAACAUUGGCAGAUCUAUUCUAGGUUCUUCCUUAUAUUAUAACGGGGAUGCCAACAUGUGGUUCACCUCGGGAAAAGUUCGAGUUCGGUUGUGGACAGCAAAGGAUUUACCACAGCCUGACUUUUCAGCAAGGACGAAAAUGAACGCGAACCAAUUACCGACUUUCCGGGAAUUAACACAUGGUUUAGGACAAUAUCCAAAUAUGGUGACAGUGCGCAUUGAGCUUGAUGAUAGUUUUAUGUCUGAUGGUCAAGGAACAGUGUGUUGUGCUCAUGAUGGUUGGUCGACCAGUAAGAUUGAAUACAGUGGAAUAGUACAUGUAUUGGCAUGGAUAUUUGACGAGGAGAAUUAUAACUGCGAUAUCUAUUAUCAAAAUAUCAGUAUUUAUUAUGCAACUAAUCCUGUACUUUUACCAACAAUACUAAACCUAGACGACUUUUUUGUUACAGUUGAAGUAGAAAUGUUGUCCGGCGAUAAUAGCGGAUAUCGAUUUCAAACAGCAGGAUCAGCGAUGACCAAUAGUAAUAACGAUUUUGGUGGACUAGUAUAUGCUUAUACAAAUAGCAGUGUACAAACAUGGGUGCCAAAUGAAAAGGGUCAUGUACAAUUUGUAGGAUACGACUGGGGAGGCGGUGUAUGCUCAAGUCGGGAGAAUGUUGGUCAUUUAGCAGUUAAAUUAUUUACUUUCCGAGAUAAUAAAACGUGUGGAAUACCAGCAUCGUAUCCGUUUAGUACAAUUACGUACAAUAACGUGCUGAAUAAUAGCAUAGCAAGAUAUACAUGCACGUACGGAUACACACUGACUUCCGGAGAUCUUGUUCAUCAAUGUAUAUUUCCAAAUUGGAUUGGAGACCCUCCUAGUUGUCAACAAACGUGUGGAAUACCAGCAUCGUAUCCCUUUACUACUUAUACGUACAAUGACGUAACAAAUAAUAGCAUAGCACUAUAUACAUGCACGCCCGGAUACACACUGACGGCUGGAGAUCUUGUUCAUCAAUGCAUAUCUCUACAAUGGAUGGGAGACCCUCCUAGUUGUCAAGAAACGUGUGGAAUACCAGCAUCGUAUCCCUUUACUAUACUUACAUACAAUGACGUAACAAAUAAUAGCAUAGCAGUAUAUACAUGCACGCACGGAUACACACUGACGUCUGGAGAUCUUGUUCAUCGAUGCAUAUCUCCACAAUGGAUUGGAGACCCUCCUAAUUGUCAAGAAACCUGUGGAAUUCCAACAUCGUAUCCAUUCUCCACAAACACGUACAGUCACCUUACAAAUAAUAGCUUCGUUAUAUAUGCCUGUAUACAAGGAUAUGAAAUGAUAUCUGGAGAUCCGGUACACCAAUGUCGUUCACCCCAAUGGAUUGGAACACCUCCUAAAUGCCACGAAACUUGUGGAAUACCAACAUCGUAUCCUUUCUCUACAAAGUCAUAUGGUCAUGUGACAAAUAAUAGCUUUGUAUUAUAUAAAUGUUUACACGGUUAUGAAAUGACGUCUGGAGAUCCCAUUCACACAUGCGUUUCUACUUUUUGGAUAGGAACUGCUCCUAUUUGCAAAGAAAGUUGCGGAACCCAGCCUUCGUUUUACAAUACAACAUAUUCGUACGAUGACACUAUAAAUGGAAGUAUAGCGGUGUACAAAUGUAAAAGUGGUUAUUUCAUCCAUUCGGGGGACACUUUGCAUGAAUGUAAACCACCAGAGUGGACUGGUUAUCCUCUUAAGUGCAGCAAUGAAUUGACAGUUGAUGAUAUAUCGAAAUUAAAAGAAGACAUCAAAAAGGAGCUCUUAGUAGACAGGAAAAGUACCACUGCAUACAUCAAUAGUAAAACAUCGGCAGCAGACCCGCGACCUUCCAGUAGAACGAUUGGUACCGUAGGUAUUUCUGACAUUAUGCCUGUCCAUAAUACUGUUAUUAGAUAUGAUAUUUCUGACAUUAUGCCUGUCCAUAAUACUGUUAUUAGAUAUGAUAUUUCUGACAUUAUGCCUGUCCAUAAUACUGUUAUUAGAUAUGAUAUUUCUGACAUUAUGCCUGUCCAUAAUACUGUUAUUAGAUAUGAUUCAGUGUGACAAAUACCGACAGAUGUUCCAUUCUUGCUUCGAAUGAUCUGGGUUAAAUUGUGUCAAAAAUGACUAAACAUUGAUAACUCAAUUUAGUAAAUAAACUUUUUGUUUUUACCGGGUUUGUACUUACUUGAGAAACAUGACGGAUGCCACGUAUGGGGCAAAACUGCUUACCCGUCCGAAGCAUCCGCUAUCACCCCGCCUUUUUAGGUGGCUCGCGUGUUCUGCAGUCUUUAGUUUUCUAGGGUUGUGUUUUGUAUAUUGUUGUUUGUCUUUUUGUCGUUUUUUGCCAUGGUAUUGUAAGUUCUAGUUCGACGUUUAAGUUUGAUUACCCUUUGUUGUAUUUUGCCUCCCUUUUAAUUUAAAUAAUUAAGUCAUCUGUUUUCUCUAUGUUUUAUUUCAUUAACUACCUGAUAAAAACGUUCAUGUGAGGUACAUGUAUUUAUAAAUAGACAACACACAAACAAAACGUAUAAAAAUAAAGACCAUCAAAUAUGUGUUCUUAUUUCUUCUAUUUAUAGAAUGUUCUCUCAAGUCGGAAUGUUUAAUAGAUUAAAAUGCCACCGAAUAAGAUUGAAUUUCCCCAAG